GGGUUCACUCGAGUGUUUUUGUGUUGGACUUGGCAGUUGGUUGAACGAGAGUGACCCCAUUUCCGUGGGUGUCUAUUGUGUCUGGUGUAGUAGCGGUUUGUUUAGUUUGUAGGGAGUCAAUCGUUUACAUUUAUUUAUAUCUAUCUAGAUCAAGUAGUGAAAGUAAAGUAGAGAAAGAAAGUUCUUUAUUUUAGAUUACGUGUGCAUUCUUUUGGACUUUUUAAUUAUUCAAGCAAGAAGGCAACAUACAUUCGUCUCACUUGGACUACCACUGACAUUAUUUUUUUUAUAAUAUUGGAAUAACCCGAGAAGUUGAUUAGCCAAGAAGUAAUUAGCCCAAGACUACUCAAGAGGAUUCAUUAAUUAAUAAUUAGAGCAACUAAGUACCGAGGAGUAUAAAAAAACAGCAGUUUGUCUGGUACCCUGGAGAUGAGACCAAGACAGAAGUAGCAGACGAAUGACGCUUUAGCCCUGACCUCCAGCCCAGCAGGAAGGACAUCGUGACGUAAGGGCUGGACCUGACGAAUGGACGUCUUGUGUCUGGGGCUUAUGCUGUUCAUGCUGGUGACGUUUGCAGAUGGGGCAUCUCUAAACGAUUACAUACUUGACUAUCAGCCAUUACAUUUCAACCCAUUACACCUACAUGAGCAGCACGCAAGAGUCAGGAGGUCAGCGGACCAGAGUUUAAAGUUCACUUUGAAAGCUUAUGGCAGGACAUUCAAUGUUCGCCUACAACCCAGUAAAUCCAUUUUUGCUGAGGACCAUGAACUGGUCAUUGAUAAUGGACCACCCACAAAAGUAGAUACAAGUUUUAUAUAUGACGGGAAUGUAGAAGGUGAACCCAAUAGCUCAGUUCACAUGUCAAUCAUCAAUGGCAGCAUUUCUGGGCACAUCAUCAUACCUGGAAACACCACCUACCACAUAGAGCCAGCCAGAAACCACUUGAACCAUUCCGAUUUCCACACCAUCAUUUACCCUGAAUCUCACAUGAAUUUGGAUCCCUACAGACACAUGCGGACAGGGACAGGGAGAUGUGGAGGGGGUAACAUGUACAAGAAACUUCAAGAUAUGUGGCAACCUAUUGAUGAGACCCCCAACAGAUUUAAGAGAGAUACUUUCUCAGAUCCAAAUCCCUACAACAAAUACACAGAACAUGCUAAUCAGCCCCACUACAGAAAGAGACGGCAGCUUGCAGAUGAAAAAAAAACAUGUUUCAUGAGUUUAAGAGCAGAUGUUCUGUUAUACAAACAUUUUCUUUCAAAGAACAAUAAUAAUCCAGACAAGGCUAAAGAACUGAUUCUGUCUCUAUUUGCAAACCAUAUUAAAGCUAUCAAUGACAUAUAUACUGUGACCCCUUUUGCCAAGACUGAUAAUCCAGUCCCCACUUUUAGGGGGAUCAACUUUCAGUUGCAAAGAUCAGUGGUCAUGACAGAUUGUACUGCAGGUGUGGACAGUGGUUACUGUACUGAUAACCUGGAUGUCAGCAACUUUUUAGAUCUUACAGCUAAUGAAAAACAUGACGCCUACUGUCUUGUGCACACCUUUACUUAUCGUGACUUUGUUGGUGGCACAUUAGGUCUUGCUUGGGUGGCCACCCCUGAUUCUCGCAACUCUGGGGUGUGUGGGAAGUACGGGCCGGUGAGAGACAACAACAAUGGGAUCUCAGACAGAAGUUUGAAUACAGGUAUUGUGACCCUGAUCAACUUCAAGCAAGAUGUACCCCCACGUGUGUCUCAGCUCACGUUUGCACAUGAAGUUGGACACAAUUUUGGAGCACAACAUGAUACGACAAGUGUGUGUGCCCCCUAUGGUACCUCCCUACCUGACUCCUCAAAUGGGAAUUACAUCAUGUUUCCCAGUGCCACUCAAGGCAACCUACCAAACAAUGCCAAAUUUAGCACCUGCAGUAAGGAUGCCAUUGCCAGAGUUUUGGAAACAUUAGCGCCAAAUGGGAAGAGAGAUAACUGUUUUAAGGCCUCCAAUAAUAGUUUCUGUGGGAAUCGUAUUGUUGAAGGUACUGAAAAAUGUGACUGUGGUUUUGAAGGGGAGUGUACGGACCAAUGUUGUAAUGAACAAAAGGAAUCCGCAGAUUCACAAGUGGCAUGCACUUUUAAAAACUCAUCUGUUAAAUGCAGCCCAUCUCAAGGACCAUGUUGUCAAAGUAGUUGUCAGUUUGUAGCAGAUACCGCUUUUGUUUGUCAGGCUGCUACUGAGUGUAAAGAUAGUAUAAAUUGUGAUGGAACCUCUGCCACAUGUCCAGUUACCAGUGCUAAAAAUAAGGCAAACUUUACCUUCUGUAAUGAGUUCAACAGAGUUUGUAUAUCGGGAGAAUGUAUGGGUUCAGUUUGUUCUAAAAUAAAUUGGAUUGAAUGCUUCUUGACUACUGCACAAGGUGCCACUGUUGAAAAUAUGUGCUAUGUAUCAUGCAAAGAAACUGAGAACAGCGAAUGUAUUAGCUCCUAUGAUACAGCCAAAGUUGAUAAAUAUCCUGUUUUCAAACAAUUGCUGGACGAAAUAAAAUCUGGAAAGAAGGAAACACAAAUAGGCGUAAAACGUCCUCCAGGUUCCCCUUGCAAUGAUUACAAGGGUUUCUGUGAUGUUUUCUCCAAAUGUAGAAAUGUAGAUGCUGAGGGGCCAUUUAAACAACUAACAGAUCUAAUAUUCAAUCCAGUUACAUUAAAAAAUAUACGCACUUGGAUAACGGAUCACUGGUGGGCAGUUCUUCUCAUGUGUAUUGGUGUUGUAGUGUUUAUGGGAGUGUUUAUUAAAAUAUUUGGCUACAGUACCCCAAACAAAAACCCUAGGAGGAAACCACAAGAAUCUUCAGAAUUAAGAUCUAGAGCCAGACCUCCAACUGUUGCUCCCAAACCUUCAUCGUCUGCUCCACGGCCACAAGAUAAGAGAUCAAAAGUAUAUGCAACAGAUUUACCACUCUAUGAUCAACACUCAUCACGCAAUGUGGAUCAAGCAAAUAUUUAUGAUCUCCCAGGAUAUCAAGGAAAAAAUGGAUAUGAAAACUAUGGUUACAAUGGUCCUUCAAGCAACAGGGGACACCAUCAGUAUGACAGGAUAUCAGGGCCUAGAAAUUAUUAACAAAAUAUUAAAAUAAAGCUAAAAUGUCAAACUGAGAUGUAGCUAAUGUAUACAAGAUUAUAUUUUUUAACAAUAAUAAAUGAUGUUUUUAAUUUUUGCAAUACUAAAUUUGACAUUCCUAUUCAACUGUACCUUAAUUAGAUAAAAAUGUAUUUUUGAUAACUAUAAAAUUUGCUAAACAUUUAUUUUAAAGUGCCAUUAAUAUUAAUUUUUCAUAACUGUAUUAAAAACAUAUUUUCACAUUAAAAAAGAAAAAAACUAUUUCCAUAUUAAGAAAUAUUUUUUGGAAGCUUAAAUUAAUAAUUGGGUCAUUUUCCUAAGUUAAAAGAUUUCAUGAUAAUCAAAUCAUAACCUACUCAUAAGGUAAUCAAAUAACGUUAAAACUUGGUAAAAUUUUGAAAUGUUCUACAAACCUGUAAGUAAUUUUUAUUUUUAUGCUGUGCAAUGGUUAUCCACUGAAGUAUAACUAAAUGAUUUGAAAAUGUGCUUUUUAUAUUAUUAUAAUAAGCAAUUUUCUACUACGUGAUCUUUCAAUACUGCAUUUUGUAUAACAAAUAAAUAUUCAUGAAUGUAAAUAUAUUUUUGGUCAUAAUAUAACUGCUGAAGGAAAACAAAAUUUAAUUUUUGACUUGUGUUCACUUUUUAAUUUAGACGAAUCAAUUUUAUAAAUCAAUUUAAUUUUUUCUUCAUUUUUUAAUUAAAUGAACCAGUAUUUUAAAUGUAAAUAGUAUACUUCAGUAAAUAAAAAGUAACUAUACUUGAUUUGUUGUGAUUAAAGGGAAUAAAAUACAUUUAUCAAGUGAAAUACCAGAUUUAAAAAUAUUUAUGCAGAUUCCUUCCAUUAUGUUUUAGCUUUGGUUGUACAUUACCAUUUUUAACAUUUUCCUAAUAAGAUCCAUAAACUUGCCAGAAAGAAUUAGAUCUAGUCUUGUUUUACUACAUCACAAGAUAAAUUAUUAAUCUAAACUUUGGAAUACUACAAACCUCUUUGGUGACACUGCUUUUAGGUUUUUAUUUAUUGUAGGUUAGAACCUAGGUUGUGGCCCAAGAUAUCACUUAGUACAUGAACAAACUGAUCUCAAAACAAUCUGAAGCAUACUUGUACUCAACCAAACUAUUCUAUUUGAUGAAACAUUUUAGUGUCAUGAAAAAACUAAUGAAACAUAUUGCUGAUUGAUCAAAGUUGUUCCGCACUUAUAGCAUUGUGUGAGCUUCACUAUACAUUCCAUAAUAAUUCUUGCUAUUUGUUCCGUGUUGUAUAUUGUAAUUUCCCUUUAAAGUUAAAAAUAUUGGAGGAGAAAAAGCCAUUGUUUUGGCAUAAUAUAAUCUAUUUCUAUGCAUAGCCUUUUGUUAUGUCCUUACAAUUAUUAUUUUUUGCGGGAGGAGCAGUUUUAUCACAAUUAUGGUAGUCAAAAUGGUAUUACUUUAACAUGGAAAAAGCUGUGAAUUUUUCAAUUUUAUUUACUAAAUGGUCUACAUGCAAUUCGCCUAAUGAGACCAUCAAUCUAUUAAUGCUCAUAAAAUUUGGACUCUAUUCUAUAACAAAUUAUUUUGAAAAUUAACAUUUUAAUACGUUCACAGUAGUCUACUUAAAUAAGGUCAUUAAAAAGCUACUUAAUGUGUUGUUAAAAUGUAAUGAUUAGCUUUCAGUUUUUUGGACAAUCAGCAUGUAGGCUACUACUGGCAACUUUUUUUUUUUAAUUUUGAAUGUGUAUGUUCUUACUCUUUCUUUUGACUUUGCCAUAAUAAUGUUUGGGAUGUAAAUAAAAUGUAUUGUUAUGAAUGAAUCCAUGUAAUUUUUUUUUCUUGAUGCUGCAUUAGUUUAAUAACCAGUGUGUUACAUGGACAUUGAAAAAUCAUGUUUAGAGUAAUACAGAAAUAUGCCUGCUAAAGAUCUGCUAUGCCUUACAUGAGUUUUUGUUUUUUUAAAUAGUUUCCUGAUAUUUCUGUCUUAAAAGGUACAUAAAUAAUUACGGCAAUUUCAAAACAGUAUGAAUGUAGCAAAGUUUUGAUAACUUGCUGUAAGAUUUUGCAUGGGGCGUUUCUCACAAAUUAAAAUGUAAAAAUAUAAAUGGUGUUUGUUUAUCAACUGAACAAAUAACAAAAUGUACCAUCCCUGAAACUUUAAUGGUUUUCAUAAAAGUAAAUAACACCAGCAAAUAUGUUAAAAUAAAUGCAGAAUUAUUUUAAUAAACAAGUUUUAUGUACACUCUUUUUCACAAUGUAUUAAUGAAAAUUUCAAAGGACAAUUUUAUCAUAUUUGUCUAUUUAAAUACUAUUUUUAAAAAAAAAACAGAAGACUGAAAUUCACAAUUAUAAAAUAAAAACAUCAAUCAUUGUCUCCCUCCUUAAGUUGUUUCAUCUGUUCAAAUUACUGAAUAUACACAUCCUAAACCCAUCUAUAAUUAAAAUUACAUUUUAAAACCAAACAAAAAUGGUGGUCAGCAAUAUUAAUAUUGGGCAAAUGCAUACAUUAUAUGAAACAUUUGCUCAAGCAUAUUAAAUAAUGGACAGUUUGAUUUACCAUGCCCACAAAGAAAACA